AUGGUCUCUUCCACCGCCAUGCCCUGUGCUCCUCCUCGUCUCUUCUUCACAACCCAUUUCGUCCUUACCUUCCUUACGAUCUCGUGUCUCUGCAUUUCACUCGUCCGUGGCCUCAAAACCCCGUUUCGUCCCAAGGAUAUACUCCCUCUUUUGCCCAGAGAAGUCUCUUGGCCAAUUCUCAACGCUCUCCAUGGCGCGGUCGACAUUUUGCCCACCUUCGUAGGCGCCGCCUCGUCGCCGGACGAUGACUUGGAGUGGAAAGGGGCUUGCUUCUACAAGAACAGGGCGUGGCUAGAGUUUCACAACAAGAGCCAGAGUGAAUUUGGUGGAGGCACUCUUCAUAUCAAGGUUAGCAAUGCCCACAGUUGGACAUGCAUGGAUCUUUAUAUCUUUGCAACCCCAUAUCGUGUGACAUGGGACUAUUACUUUCUAUCUCGUGAACAUACCCUUGAAUUUAAAGAGUGGGAAAGCAAAGCUGAGUUUGAAUAUGUGAAGCAUAAGGGCAUUUCAAUUUUUCUUAUGGAAGCUGGAAUGCUGGGAACCCUUAAAGCUUUAUUUGAUGUCUUCCCCUUAUUCACAAAUACUGGAUGGGGAGAGAACUCAAAUAUUAAGUUUCUCAAGAAGCACAUGGGGGCUACCUUUGUAACACGUCCUCAGCCAUGGAUUACUAAUGUUAGCAUAGAUGACAUUCACCCUGGAGAUUUCCUUGCAUUAUCCAAAAUCCGGGGACGGUGGGGUGGUUUUGAGACUCUAGAGAAGUGGGUCACCGGAGCUUAUGCUGGUCAUUCUGCUGUUUGCUUGAGGGAUUCUGAAGGAAAGCUUUGGGUCGCAGAAUCUGGAAAUGAGAAUGAGGAGGGAGAAGAUGUCAUUGCUGUUUUGCCAUGGGAUGAAUGGUGGGACUUUGAGCUGACAAAAGAUGAUGCUAAUCCACAUAUAGCAUUACUUCCUUUGCAUCCUGAUGUCCGAGCCAAGUUUAAUGAGACUGCUGCUUGGGAGUAUGCACGAAGCAUGAUAGGCAAGCCUUAUGGUUAUCACAACAUUAUAUUUAGUUGGAUAGACACUAUUGAUGGGAACUAUCCACCACCAAUUGAUGCAAAUGUGGGCCUUAGUCUUCCUGAAAUUCUGGUGGAAACUGCUAGGCGUGGAUCAUCUUUUGAUGAAUUGUUGACAAUUCCUGAGCAGGAUGAUUGGAUAUACUCUGAUGGAAAGUCAACAUCAUGUGUUGCUUUCAUUCUUGAAAUGUACAAAGCAGCUGGAUUGUUUGAUCCAAUUGCAAGCUCCGUUCAAGUUACAGAGUUUACAAUAAAAGAUGCUUACUCUCUCAAGUUCUUUGAAAACAAUUCAAGCCGCUUGCCUAGGUGGUGCAAUGAAGGUGACACUGUGAAGCUUCCUUUCUGCCAAAUCAAAGGCAAGUAUCGAAUGGAACUACCUGGAUACAAUACCAUGGAUCCUUAUGCUCAUAUGAAUGAAAGGUGCCCAUCUUUGCCUCCUGAAUACUUCAGACCUAAGGGUUGUUGA